GACUACUUACUCGAUCGGUAGACGUAGGGCCGCGACCGAUCGUGGUCGCGCCACCGAGCUUCGCAACACGCGGUAUCGCUUAGCUCUCUUCGAGACAGCGAGAAUAGUGAGCUGUUUCAGCUCAACCGGAGUACAACAUUGUUGAACGAUACGGGCUCCUCCGUACGCGCUUGUUUUAUUCGUCGCGAGUUUAAGUUCGGCCGGAACCUCGUUCUAACGCGAAAUUCACGUAUUAUAUCCGAGUGACAGAGUUUCGUAAGUGUACGAGAUAGUCACCGAAAUGAGCGUGCCGGGUAAGCAAUUCCAGAAUGAUACUUACGAGUUCGAUUAUAAACGAGUGCCCAAGCAAAGGACGUACUGGAAAGCCAUCUGUAAUUUCAUUCAUGAUCCAGUCGAAGGCACUUACUGCGGUCACACGCCAAAAAAAUGGGCCAUCACUGGAGCAUUCUAUACUUGCUUCUUCAGCGUAUUGGCCUUGCUCUUUGCGAUUUGCAUGAAAGGACUGUUAGCUACGUUAAAUUAUGAGAAACCAAGGUGGAUUCUAGAGGAAAGUAUAAUAGGAACCAAUCCAGGUUUAGGAUUUCGACCGAUUUCCGAGAACACCGCAGAAAAAUCCUUAAUUUGGUAUAGUUCAUCGGAACGUGCCUCGGUGCAAAAAUGGACAGGCCUGUUAGACAAAUUUUUAGAAGAAUAUAAUAAUUCGUCGUUACUACCAAAUGGAGGAAGAAAUCAACAAAUUUGUAAUUAUAACACGCCAGUUAAGCCUGGACACGUUUGUGCCGUUGAGACAAACAACUGGGGACCUUGCUCGCCUGAUCAACAAUAUGGUUUCAAUAACUCGGCUCCUUGUGUCUUCAUUAAAUUAAAUAGAAUAUACGGUUGGGUACCAGACUACUAUAACGACGUCAAAAAUUUACCGAAAGAUAUGCCAGCAAGUCUUAUUAAACAUAUUGAAUCUGUCAAUAGUUCACAGCUGAAUACCGUGUGGGUAUCCUGCGAAGGUGCAGAUCCACAUGAUAGAGAAGAAAUUGGUGAACUGAACUACUACCCUGAGACUCAUGGAUUUCCAGGAUAUUAUUAUCCAUAUCAGAAUAUUCCUGGCUACUUAAGCCCUCUCGUUGCUGUACAUUUCCUUCGGCCGGCAAGGAACAGACUAAUCAGUGUCAAUUGUCGAGCCUGGGCAAAGAACAUCAUAUAUGAUACAGGUAAAGACAAGCAGAAUGGUGUGGUACAUUUCAAAUUAAUGAUCGAUGAAUGACCACUCUUAUAUUUGUAAGAAAAGCAAAUAAAAUGUUUUGUCUUCGGAUGUAAAAACAUCUGUAGAAUCACGUGGACACCUGGAAUGGAAGAUGCUCACGGUUACCGUAAAUUUCGAAAAACCACUGAACAAAGCAGUGGUAAACAAAGAACAUGAAUAGAUACAUUCACCUUUUUAAUUAAUCGAAUAGGGAAUAUACAUUUAUGUUUGUGAAAAAAUUAAAGAACUAGAAUUUAAAGGGAUACAAUAGGCGUGGAAACAGCGGUCGAAAAAUGCUGUUGAUUCGUCUGAUUCACUAUGCAUCUAUAUCGAUUCCAUGAUUGUGUUUGACGUCGAAUGUUAGCGAACAUUGCUGUAAAAUAAAACAAUUGUUAAUCAUUGACACUUAUCAUGAUUAUAAAAAUCAAAUGCA